AGCAUUAAGCGUGUCAUCACUAGCGCUGCAUCACAGGGUUCAGUGAACAUGUUGUAAGUGUAAGUGCGCAGAUGUGUGUGUAUCACCUGUGGUCUGUGUGUGUGUGUGUCUGCAGAUGCAGGGUCUGCAGGGGGGCGAGGAGGCCAUGGUGCGUCUGGACCAGCUGGAGGCCAUGUACUACGAACUCCAGCUGCAGCUCUACGAGAUCCAGUUCGAGAUCCUGAAGUACGAGGAGCUGCUGCUGACGGCGCAGCUGCAGAGUCUGCGCAGACAGAUGAGCGAGAGGCAGGAGGAGGUGGUUUACUACGACACCUACGAGAGUCCUGACGCCAUGAAGGCCACCGACGACCCCUCGACCCCUCUGACCCCCCCCAGAGACGACAUGGCCAAACUCCAGCAGAGGACCAGACAGCUGGAGGCCCGCAGAGGACGCAUCACCGCCAAGAAAGCCUACCUCAAACACAAGAAGGUAUCAGAGCCGCAAGCAUCUGAUCCGAAUAUAAACAUCAGUCAGUACGUUUACAUGGACAACAAUAUUCCGAUUUUAACACUGGGGACGUAA